GGAAGGGGUGGGGUACAGCACAGCCAACCCAGAAACUUCCAGGUCCCUCCGAUGACAUAUAAGGCUCCGGGGCCCAAGAGCUUGCAAGAGGAGCCACCGCAGGCUGCGACAGUGAUAGGAGCCAGGAAGCGACAUGGAGGACAACGCGGCCCCGGAGCCCAGACCCCUGCUGGAUCAAGGCACAUUCAUGGAUCACUUUGCAAAUGAAGAUGGGGGCCGUGGGCUGAAUGAGACCUACCUGUGCUACGAGGUGCAGCUGCUGGAUGGGAGCUCCCAGCACCAGGGCUUCCUGCGCAACAAGCCUAGUUAUCCAGACCCGUCACUCCGCCGCCAUGUGGAGCUGUGUUUCCUGGACCUGGUCCCUGCCUGGCGGCUGGACCCCGCCCAGCACUACAGGGUCACCUGGUUCAUCUCCUGGAGCCCGUGCUUCGUCUGCGCGCAGGCCGUGGCUGAGUUCCUGAGGCAGAACGCUCACGUGAGCCUGCGCAUCUUUGCCGCCCGCAUCUACACCUGGCGCACAGAUUACAAAGCGGGGCUGCGAGACCUGCAGAGGGCCGGGGCGCAGAUAGCCAUCAUGACCCCCGCAGAGAUUCAAUUCUGCUGGAACACCUUUGUGGACAACCAGAGUAAUCCAUUCCAGCCCAGCCUCGGGCUGGACAUGCAAUGCCAGCUCCAGCAGAGGGAGCUGCAGAGCAUCCUCCAGGGUCUCCGAAUAGGGCAGGAGCCCUCCCUGGAGCCUCACGAAAAAAGUUCUGCAUCAGGGAAUGGAGACCACGGACACCACGGACACCACGGACACCACGGAGACAGCCCUCCCCCGCCGUGCGCAGGCGCCCCAGACGGGACUGGAGCGAUGCGCUCAGGGUGGGAAUGAGACGUUUCUGAAAAAUCAGGGUUCAGUCCUGUCUCCUUGAAAGCAUGCCCUGGUAUUUCACCCGAUAGUAGGAGUGUGCGCAGUCCUCUCAGAAUCGUCUUCGGUUCAGUAACGAACCACUUGUUUUCAUUGGUCUUGAGUCCCGAUCAAUGCGCUGAAACAGACUCGCCCACGACUCAGUGUGAGUGCAUCACGAAAUCCACAUUGCUAA